AUGAUUCUCUCCGCACCUCCACUGUACUAUCAGAACCCGUUCAUGUUUCAUAGAAGAUCGCCGCUCGCGGAGGUCCCCGCAAACGCCGCACCGCGUCCGCUAUUCUCCACAAUGGCAUCGCAGCCACAGCUCGAACAGGAGAAACAGACUGUUCCCCAGCGGACACAUAAGCCGAACCCCGUGAUGCAGAGCCGCGAGGCAACUACACAGCGGAGACGCGACAUGUUCUUUCGGAGGCUACAGAAGGAUCGGGAUGAUCAGAGGUGGCACGCGCGAGGGGAGCAGAUUCAAAAAUUGGACUGGAUAUCAGAGCAGAAGCGUUGGGAAGCGCAGAAAACACGAGAGGCGCCCGAAUUGAAAGACGACGUUAUCGAAGAACUGGUGACGGAAAGCGCGUUGGAAGCUUCCUCAGCACCUUCCUUCCAGAGCAAUGAGCCACGGACCGAGCGCGAUAUUGCGGAAGCGGAGUAUAUCUUGGCACAGGAAGAGCGUGAGUUGCAAGAAUUAAUUGCCGCUAUGGAAGAGGAACAACGGAAUGGCGAUGACACCUCCGAACAUUACGGCAGUGAUGAUGACGACUAUGACGAGAUCUUCAUGAGGAUUGCGGUUGGUGAUGCUGGACAAGCAUCACCCGGUGCUCCCACCUUCGAAUCACGCGAUCCUGAUGCCAUGGACAUGACGGCUGGUUGA